AUGGCCGAUCGUCCCAACCAUACCGAUGGGUAAGCCGUCUGGUGUCACCUGUGGUUGAAGCUGUUGCUAAUAAUUCACAGUUCCCCCAAACAACUACCAGGCAUCUCAUCGAUUCUCAAUACUAUGUACCCAUGCCGACAACCCGGAUGCCAACAAGCAUUCAACAACCCAACAAAACUGUUGUACCAUGAACAGUCAUGCGAUGCCUCCAUGCUGAAUGCUCCACGCGAACUUCCACACUUUGCGGGAUACCGAAAUGGACAAUUCGCACCCAUGUACCCUCAACCACAUGCCAUCCGGACCAGCUUCGAGGUGCCAUCGCCGCCUUCAGCCAUGGAAGACACCACCGACAGCGACGACUCUUCCUGCGCCUACACGCCCGACACCAGCCGGGCCAACUCUGUCAGCCUAGGAUCCGAACGGAGACACUCUGGAGCCAUCCGACACGAACCCAAAUACGCCAAGUCUGCCCGGCGCUCACCGACGCAGGACAGCGUGUCCUCCACCACGGAGAAGAACAAGAAGAAGCAGGAAAAGGAGAAGCAAAACCGCGGCAACCAAGCCGCGGUCCUCUACCGCAUCGAAGACGUCUUCCGCAACUACUGCAGCUGGGAGCGAAAAGAACAGUCGGGCGGCAACGGCAACGGCGCGGGCCUGCAGGCCAACAAGAUCAACGUGCUCCGCGGCGCCGAGGACCUCCUCUACCACUUCCUGCACCAGGAACGCUGCCGGGCGAUCCGGGAAGGGCGCGUGGACGAGUUCGAAGAGCGCUGCACGCGCAUCCUCAACGGCGCCGGCGAGAAGCAGAACCCCCUCGAGGGCACGUGGCUGUACGGCGAGCGCGACCUGCUGUGCCAGCACGCGGACACGCGCAGCAAGGAGUGCACGGUGCAUCACACGCCGGAUUGGCGCGAGUGUCGGAAUCUGCACACGAUGCGGCGCUUUCGCGUCGAGCAGGACCGGUGGGUGAAGAGUCUUCUCUGA